AUGCUUAUUGCACCUUGUCGAUGAUGGAGAUCCUUCCGGCCACAGGAAGAUAUGAGCUCGUCCACGGAUAUGAUAGAAUUAGACCAGAAUGCAUCCUGAUAAGAAAAAGCUUCCCUCCCCAAAACCCUCGUCUUCUCCUCUCUUCUUCUCCGAAAGUUUCAGCUCCACACUCAGUGCUGGUCUCGUCCAGGAAGCUGGGAAGAGUCCGGUGCGAGUUUGACAUCAAGGGCAACGGCGCUCUCUCUAGUGAUACCGACCUUCGAGCAAUAGAGAGGCAAAAAGCACUGGAAGCAGCUAUGAAUGACAUCAAUAAUUCAUUUGGGAAAGGAAGUGUUACAAGAUUAGGCAGUAUGGGCGGCGCUUUAGUUGAGACUUUCCCAAGUGGCUGCUUGACAUUGGAUUUUGCUUUGGGUGGUGGUCUUCCGAAAGGAAGAAUUGUAGAGAUAUUUGGUCCAGAAAGUAGCGGAAAAACCACUCUAGCUCUACAUGCAAUUGCAGAAGUGCAGAACUUGGGAGGGAAUGCUAUGCUAGUGGAUGCAGAACAUGCUUUUGACCCAGCUUACUCGAGGGCAUUGGGAGUAAAUAUAGAGAAUUUGAUUGUCUGCCAGCCAGAUAAUGGAGAAAUGGCAUUAGAAAUUGCCGAUCGUAUGUGCAGAUCUGGAGCAAUAGAUCUCAUAUGCGUUGAUUCUGUUUCAGCACUAACCCCCAGGGCCGAAAUCGAAGGAGAGAUCGGAAUGCAACAAAUAGGUCUACAGGCUCGCUUGAUGAGUCAAGCAUUGCGCAAAAUGUCAGGCAAUGCUUCAAAAGCUGGCUGCACCCUCAUUUUUUUGAAUCAGAUAAGAUAUAAGAUUGGGGUUUUCUAUGGAAAUCCAGAAGUUACCAGUGGUGGUAUUGCUUUGAAAUUUUUUGCUUCGCUUCGCCUUGAGAUCCGUCCUAUCGGGAAGAUUAAAUCUGGUGAUGAAGACAUUGGAGUAAAAGUUCGUGUAAGAGUUCAGAAAAGCAAAGUGUCUAGGCCAUACAAGCAAGCAGAAUUUGAGAUCAUUUUUGGGGAGGGAGUCGGCAAAAUGGGUUGUGUUUUAGAUUGUGCUGAAACAAUGGACGUUGUAGCGAAGAAGGGUUCAUGGUACAGCUUUGGAGAUCACAGACUUGGGCAAGGCAGGGACAAAGCUCUGCAAUUUCUCAGAGAAAACCCCCUCAUAUUCAGUGAUAUUGAGAAGGCUGUUAAAGCUGCAAUGACAGAAGGGAGCAAGCAUACGAGCCUCAUAGCAUAUGACCAGUCGCCAAAUAUUGAUGAUGAAAUUAACCAAGAUGAGAGAUGACAUGAAAUCGGACUGAUGCAGUGGCGGUGGCGGUGCCGGCGCAGGCGCAGGCGCAACUUUUCUGGUAAGUUAUAAAAUUUGUUUGUCAUGGCUUGAAGAAUUUGUCUGAAUGGGGCAUUUUCUCUCUUUUUUCAUAUUCUGUGUGAAAGAGAUGAGCUGUGUCAUGGUUUAUUUUAUUUUUUUAUGAAUGAGCUUUUAAUGAAAGCAGCUUGGUUGUUUUUAAGCGAAGGGAGAUUUUGUUUGAUUUUUUUUUUAAAGUUU